ACCGACUCUGCCGGUCCCUGCCUCCCUAACCGAGCCCUGCCAACCACCACUGCUUCCCGGACCGUCAGAGCUUCAGGUGGUUCGGCUCUCUUUCAACGCUCCAACCCUUUCGAGAAAUAAUACCCGAGAAUCGCGCUAAAACUUCGAUACCAAGAUGGUUUCGGCGUGGUUUGGCAUCAUAGCCGUUUGCCUAUCAGCAAUGAUGGUCGAUGCAUUGUCUACGACAUUGAUGCAGGAUGUUCAACGAGCUGAUCAAGUUUUACGUCCUAAGGCGAAACGUGCCCAAGAGCUGCUAAUGUUUGGAAAUCAGCAAAAUCGUCAGGCUGAAAAUAUAAAACCUGGGCUAUUCUCCCCAACAGCGGAAAAACGAACAAUUGGCUCUUCUGGACUAGAAGAAUUGAAAAGUGCUUUUCCAUCAGCAACGGAAAAAUUCAGCCGUACAAAACCCGUCGCUAUUGGAGGAGGCGCGGCAUUACACGAUAGCUAUGAUGAUACUCAUUUACCUGCAUCUUAUUACAAGGGUUAUCAAUACGGGAAAAUAUUAGACAAUCAGCUCGAUGAUAACGCUCGUAACUGGCUGGAAUUAGACAACAUGAAAACUUGGGACGUUCCUCCAUACCCUCGAUAUUACAGCGUCGGUGAUGAUCGUCGUAAAAGAUCUGACGGCAGUUCUCAACAAGUUUCAUCAACGUGCGCUCCAGACACAGCUUCUGCUGUACCAUUGUCAACUGUGGCUCCUGUCCAAGCCACCCAAAUGCCCCAGCAACCCGUCGCUCAGGUCAAACGAAGUCUUCCGCUGUACCAGGAGCCUCGUUACAAACGCGAUCUAGGCCCCCAGGAUGUCCUGGCACUUUUAUCUCUAUGGGAAGCUGAACGUCGAGAAGGAAACUGGCCUGGAUAUAAUGCCGACGACUACGAUAACAGCGAUGACGACAACAGCAUCGUUGACGUUGACGACGAAGAUCCCAGAAAUGGGGCUGCUUGGCUCGAAGGACCCGCAUACACGCCGCGACAUUUUAGCGUAGGAGAUGACACCCUCGGUUCUUCUGAUAUUGGAAUUCCCCGUUCACGACCAACAAAUUAUUAUGAUCGAUAUGGUAAUCAGUUUGGACAACAGUAUGGCGGUGCCCUUUAUGGAGCACCUCAAUAUGCAGCUGGAUACUCCCGAAAUGAUUACGCUCCGGAGAAAAGAUUCAUGGUAUCGAAGAAGCGAUCACAGGCUUACAGACCCUAUAACGAUGGAAGGAACACCAUGGUCAAUCUUGCUGAGCUUUUGAGGACGAUCCCACAAAAUUAUGGUAACUAUCCGAACGAAAGAGCUGAUUCGAGCUAUUAUCAUCGUCUCAAUUUGUAAUCUUAUUUAUUUAAUCCAAAUCUUAACUAUUAACGACCGGGACGAGCCGAAAACUUCAGGUUCACAUACGUAAUGAAAAAAUUUAUCUAAUUGGUCCAAGGUAAAUAAAAGCCAAUUGGUAUAAACAUGAAUAAAAUUUUCCGUUUCAAGCAUCAAUAUCUUGUGUACAUCUAUAUUACCUGUACAUGGCAACGUACAAAUUAUUUUAUCCAGGAUAUUUUAUUCGUUGUUGUACAAAGCAACGCUGAAACCGCGCUUGUUAUUUAUUUUCUUCUUGUUUGCUCCUCGAAGUUCACGUUCAUUUCAAUACGUAUGUACAUACGUUAUGCACAAUUCGCGGUUUUCGAAAUGCGGUGGUUCAAACAAUUUUAGACUGACUACAAAUUCCGUAUCUCCAGAAAUGACGUGGGUAAACGAAUUCAAGUAUAUAGGUCCGAUCAUUUCACUUGUAGGUACACGCAUAUUAAUCGAGUCCAUAUAUUUCGAAAUAUUUUCUUCAAACUACUGUGCUGAAUAGAAACAGGGAUGAUAAGGUUUCUGAAAUGAAGUCGAGCAACUAACAUAUUUAAUUAUUAACCAGCAUCAUUUUAUGCUAUACAACGCCUAACACAAAAUACAGUUGAAACUGAAAGUUUCUCGAUACGAAAUUUGGCGAUAAAUAAUUAAAUUAUACGCAUAAUUGACUACAAUAUCUAAUUUACGUGAUGUAACGAGAUCAACGUGUGUAUUUAAUCCCUGAUUGUGUCGUCUCGAGCUAUGGUUAACUGGAGAUAAUGAGUGGGGCUAAAUUCUAGGGGGUGAAAAAAGAAUAGAAAGCCAGAUAUUGUUCGAGAAAAAGAAACAUUUUUACCGACGCCUUUAUUUAUGAAAUUCAUGUUGCGAUUGGUCAUACAAAGUUGAACGCAAUUUUUCUAUUUUUCAAUCUUACUGAAGUAAAUUAUUGGCGAGACACUAUUUAUUAAAUUUCUCAUAAUGCAUCCAUCAAUUUUAAAGUCAAUCUCGAAAAAAAUUGAAUAAAUAAAAUUAGAAAAAUCGACCAAAUAUUAAUAUGAAAAUAUCUGCACGAUCGAACGAAACGAUUCAGGCAAUACUUAGUUAGUCGGCUACCAUAUGCCACGUCUUAUAUUCUCUCGGGGCAAAUUUUCUGUUUCCUUCACUAUUCGCGAUAAAGAAUGAAUGUCGAUCAUUAUAGCCCUACUGUACAAAUUCAGAAACAUGUUGUGAAGUAUUUCCUUGUGAUUUAAUCUACUCUAUAUAUUCGUGGCAUAUUAGUAAUGUAAUUUUGUUAUAUUUUUGCUCCAGUUAAUCAUAAGGUAUGGGACUAUAAUGGUAGCGGUGCUAAUAAGUAUAGUGCACCUAUAUACAUGUGUCAUCCAUCUUACGAGUAUAUAAUUAAUGUUUAUAUGUCGAAGUGAAUUUUUUUAUCACGCUGGAACUGGAACCACCACCGCAAACAAAAUAAUCAUCUAACGUUUUGCAGCUAAUUAAAUCUUGAUCCAUGUGCUUACUAGUUACGAUUGUGUGGCGUUGCGAAAUGAAUCGGUGAUACGUGAAUUAUUAAUUAUCGAUUGUAGUAUAGCGCGAUUGUUUCACAAGAAUCGUAUGGGACCCUUAAAAAUCCGUCGGUCUUUAAAUUCCGUUUUAAAAAUAAGCCGGACAACUAGAGGAAAGAGAAAAGAAAAAAAUGCUUGACUACAUAUCAUCUAAUUGUUCGCUGAGAACAAUCUGAGCUUUUUCUAUAAAAAAUUUUGUCAAACAAGCUUUUACACAAAAAUCAAUAUUAAUCUUCACCGACGACGAAUAAAAUGUGAGCAGCGAAUUUUUCAAUUAAAUUCUUGCUAGAUAAACUAAUGAGAUAAAUAUUCUAAAAAAAAAAAAUAUCCUCACUCAAAUUUGUACCUAUACUACUUAAUAAGAUAGUAAGAUUCUCUAUAAAACUAUUUUUGAAAUUCUUCUGCACGAAAGCGAGCUCCAGUUUGAGUUAUACUCUAACUCAAAAAGGUAUAGUCUAAUUUUUCAGCCAGUAAAUUCUAGGAUUCGAGCGUAGUUAUCAUUAUCAAUCGGAACUAUGAAGUUAUAAGUUUUCAAAUUCUAAUAUGCGAAUAUGAUUAAUAUCAUUCUCAACUGCUGAAGUGAUUAAUAAUUAUAAUUGUAAUACGGUGUUUGGCUCGUUUUAAAUGUGCUUUAAAUUAUCUAUCUUCUAUCUUAACAUUCGAUUGUAAAAUUCUUCUGCAAUUGAAGAAUAUUUGAUUGAGGCAAAAGAAAAAUUGCGUCCUUGAAGUGAGAUGAGGUAAUCGGACCUCGAGAUAUUAUAGCUUUCUUAUUUUAUGGAAAGUACGAUAAUAAAUUUCUGAGAGCCAGGAGUAAAAGUGCUAGUUAAAUAAAUCGAGACCUGAUAAUUAUGAUGCGACCGGGUGAAUUGAAUUGGAUAAAAAAAUUAUACCUACUUAUAUAAUAUCCUCCUCUUACGGUUGCAAAAUGAAACAAAAUCAAUUUCUAUCCUAUACGUAGAGUAUGCAUACCCAUAAUAUGUAUGUAUACUAUUUAUAUCGUUAGUCAUAAUAUAUGGUCAUUCAUAUAAGUAUACGUAUAUAAUAGAAAGAAAUAUAUAAAAAAAUAUAUAUAUAUAUAUAUGCCUAUACAUAUAUAUUCAUGAAUUCAUUUGUGUAUAACUAUUUAUUAUAAUAAUAUGGAAAAUCUAAUCUAAUAUACAAUAUAUUAUAUAUAUACACACACACGGUAUCCUACUAAUACAUGAAACUUCAUCUUGAAAAUAUUUUUCAAUCAGUGGUGCUUUCGUUCGAUCAAUGUAUGAUGAUUAAACUGUAAAGAGGGUGAGAGACGAACAAUAAAUAAUUAUAUUCUAUGCAUGCA